GAGUCUUUGGAGCGCUUUUUCACUAUCUUGUCAAGCACACCAACUGAAAGAAGAGAACUACAAGCUUGAUGUCGAAGCUUAUUUCUUGUCAUUCCGAUCCCAAUACGGCGUCGUUGGCUCCAAGGACGGAUGUGACUGUCUACUUUGCAGAAAGUCUUAUUGCUGAAUUCUUGUGCCGCCUUCCGGUGAAGAUUCUGUUGCGUUGCAGAUGUGUAUCCAAACUAUGGUGCUCUCUUAUUGAUAGUCCAAGUUUUGUUAAAAAACAUCUUAAGAGAUCCAUUGAAUGCAGAAUGGGUACUGGUGUUAUCAUUCGAGAAUGCAUUUCUUACUCGGUGGAUUUUGAUUCUCUGGAUAAUGGCUCUGCUAUAGAAAUUGAUGAACCAUUGAAGACCCUUCUCUGCGAGACUGGAUCUGUGGGUACGUGCAAUGGCUUACUCUGCGUGUUUAAUAUGAUGGGAGAUAUGUUCUUAUGGAACCCGGCAACCAAAAAGUGCAGAAAGUUACCUACUGCACCAGCUGAUUUUCGUAGUGUUUUUAAUUUCAGCUGGUCUUCCCUUUCUGGCUUUGGGUUUGAUGUUGUUAAUGAUGACUACAAGGUUCUGAGAAUCCUUCGGCCUGAUGAUCCAUUUUUGUCUGGAUCCAAGGUCGUUGUUUACAGCCUAAAAACUAACUCAUGGAAACGACUCCAAGACAUUCCUGUUCAGUACCAACUUAAUGCAUCAUGGGGUAACUAUCUAGGCGGGGCUCUGCACUGGAUUAUGGUAAAGACUCGGGAUGUAGAAAGCUUCUUCCCAUCAAUUCUUGCUUUUGAUCUGGGAGUUGAAAAUUGUAGGGAGAUUCCAAUGCCCCACAAGAAUGGUAAGGAGAUGAGUCUAGUUAUCUUUGAAGAAUCCCUUUGCGUUCUUGAAUUCCACCUUGAUAUUCAUGUAGAUGUGUGGGUGAUGACUGAUUAUGGGGUGGAAAAUUCUUGGUGCAAGCUAUUUUCAGUAGAACAACCUAAAGUAAGUGAAUCUUGUAUGACUUUUAAGCCUCUCGCUUAUUCUAAGAGUCAGAGGGAUGUUCUUGUACAAGUGAACACUGAGAAGCUUAUUUGGUAUAACCUUGAAAAGAAGGAAGUGAGGACUGUUAAGAUUGCUAAUAUACCAGAUGUCUUUGAUGUGGAAGUCUUCACUGAGAGCCUUGUUUCACUUGACUAUAAUUCCAGUACUGAUGGGAAGCAGGCACAGAAGCAACCAAAACAGAAGAAUAAACAACAAAAGAUGAAGGAGAGGGACAAUUAUCUUUCGAAAGGAUUCAAGUUAGUGUUAUAAGACACUAACAAUCAAGCAUGAAGAGAAAACAAGUGCACCUCACCAAUCACAAAUGCUCAAUGUGACCCCCUACCUGACCGAAGAUCUGCUUUCUCAAAUUUUGGAUCGCCUUCCGGUGAAGACUCUAUUGCAAUGUAGAUGUGUAUGUAAACCAUGGUGUUCUCUCAUCGAU